CAACUAUACUCGUCUGUCAGAAUUAUACGUAAAAAUGCUUUCCUCUGGUAUUGCGCACUAUGGUCAUGCCACAGAAGUAACCGCCGUUGACAAGAAAAGGUUUGAAACGGUUUUCCAUCGGUGUGAUUUGGACGGGAAGGGUUACCUAAGCAGGGAGGAUCUGAAGGUGGCAGUUGUUAUGCUUUUCGGAUACAAACCAUCAAAGUCUGAAACAGAUCUUCUGAUGAAGCAGAGUCUUCAUGUUGACUGUCCAGGGGUCCCACUGGAGCAGUUUGUGUCUCUCAUGGGGAAGAAGUUGUCAGUGGAGGAUCGCUACGAGAAGAUGAGGCAGAUCUUCAGUGCUUUUGAUGUUCACUGUCGUGGCUUCUUGAAGUUGGACGACUUCAAAAGCGCUUUUGCUCGAGUCGCUCCGCGCCUGCCGGAGAGGACCGUGCUGGAAGCUUUCCGGCACGUGGAUCAGGACUCUGAUGGCCACCUCAGUUUUAAGGACUUUGAGAAUGUGAUCAGCUAUGGUCAAGCCAACAGCUGA